AUGUCGACCAGCGCAGGCGUCAACGUUCUCCGGUACUCGGCUCUCGGCUUGGGCGUCUUCUACGGCUUCUACCACCAGCGGAAGAUCUACUCGGCAGAUAAGGUGGCUGCUGCAAAGCAGGAAUACGAGCACAAGCAGAAGCUCAUUGAGCAGGCCAAGGCAGAGUACAGCAAGUCGAAGCUGCCGCCAUCAUCAGGCAGCGGACUGAACCAGGACCCGACGGACCCCAAGUUCGACCUCGAGGCAUACCUGGAGUCGUUGGCAAAGGCGAACCCAUAG